AUGAAUCCUAUACGUCCAUUAUUGCGCUCAUCGAAGCUGCGAUCUAUAUCAUCCACCUCCACCUCCUCAAUCGUCAAUCGGAUCUCAAGGAGGACACUCGUAACCCCCACCGAACCAGUCCGAGCUAGCGUAUCGAAUGUCACUCCCGAGCAUGUGAGGGAGGAUCCAGGAGAACUGGAUGGCGGGGAUGUAGUGGCAAAUAGUACUGAGGGUGGUAAAGAGAUGUUCGGAUUCAAGCUCAAUCCCGUAGAGACCAAGACGGGAGGUAAUGCCAAAUCUACUGGACGACCUAUAUAUCUAGAUAUGCAAGCUACUACCCCAAUGGAUCCUAGGGUAUUAGAUAAGAUGUUACCUCUCUUCACUGAGCAGUACGGUAAUCCCCAUUCCAGGACGCACGCCUAUGGGUGGGAAGCCGAGGCUGCAGUGGAUGAAGCUAGACAACAUGUUGCUAGUUUAGUAGGGGCUCAGGAGAAGGAUAUCGUCUUCACAUCAGGUGCGACAGAGAGUAAUAACAUGUUGAUCAAGGGUAUUGCCAAAUUCCAUCAAGGGAAGAGAAAGCACAUCAUCACUACACAGACCGAACAUAAGUGUGUACUUGAUUCAUGUCGAUACCUCUCAACUCAAGGAUUCGAAGUCACCUACCUUCCAGUCUUACCUAACGGUUUAAUCUCAUUGAACGAUCUCAAAGCCGCUCUACGACCCGAUACAUCGCUCGUCUCAAUCAUGGCAGUAAACAACGAGAUUGGAGUUAUUCAACCCUUAAAGGAAAUCUCAGAUACACUCAAAGAGUAUGCUAAGGAGAACAAAACUCAAAAAGCAUUAUUCCACACUGAUGCCGCUCAGGCAGUGGGCAAGAUUGAGAUCGACGUGGAAGCUAUGGGAAUAGAUGCCAUGUCUAUAUCGGGACAUAAGAUAUAUGGACCUAAAGGUGUUGGUGCGGCUUAUGUACGACGAAGGCCAAGAGUAAGAUUAGAACCCCUUAUUCAUGGUGGUGGACAAGAAAGAGGUUUGAGAUCUGGUACGGUCCCUGCUCCGUUGGUUGUUGGAUUAGGAGAAGCAUGCAGGAUCGCGAAGAAUGAGAUGAAAUUGGAUCACGCUAGAGUCAAGGAAUUAUCGGAUAGAUUGAUCAAUGGUAUCACCUCUCAGGUGGAGCAUAUAGUACGAAAUGGCGAUGCGAGUGGAUACCCUGGUUGUGUCAACUUGUCGUUCGCUUAUGUUGAAGGAGAAUCGCUCUUGAUGGCUUUGAAGGACAUCGCCCUCUCAUCCGGUUCAGCAUGUACCUCCGCUUCUCUGGAACCAUCCUACGUCCUACGGGCAUUAGGUGCAGCAGAAGAUAUGGCUCACUCGUCUCUCCGAUUCGGUAUCGGACGAUUCACCACUGAAGCUGAGAUCGACCUGGUGAUCGCCAGGAUCGUCAGUGUGGUGAAUAGGCUAAGAGAUAUGAGUCCGUUAUGGGAGAUGGUGCAAGAAGGUAUAGAUAUUAGUAAGAUCGAGUGGUCUCAGUGA